GAGGCGGCGGCGCCCGUCCGCCGCAUCGCCAAGCGCAUCUUCCGCCCGCUGGACCGCCUCGAGCAGUCCUACCUGCGCAUGGCCAACAUCUCCUUCAUGGUGAACCAGGUGAUGUUCUUCACUUUGUGCGAUCGCCUGUUGCUGGACGAGUCGCGAGUCGCCUGCCUGUACUCGCUCAUGUUCUACAACGUCACCGCGUACUGCGUGGCGUACAUCAAGGAGCUGAUCCACAAGGAAGACUGGUCGCCGUACGUCACCAUCACCGAGCGGUCCAACGUCAAGCACCUCGCCAUGUCCGCCACCAAGAUCGUGCUGGAGUGGACGAAGGCGGUCACCUUCAUCAUCACAGUCGUCUUCAUGCUGCUCGUCUUUGGACUCGAGCAGGGACUGCAACACUAUAAACCCACAAUCGCGUACACCGUGGUCACAGCAUUGUUUUACAUGUGCACAGAAAAGGUGUUCUCGGAGAGCUUCCCCUCGCUGCUGCUGUGGCUGCAACCGCCGGCGCUGGAGGGCCUGGAGGCGCUGUGGGCGCCCGUGCUGCUGCGCGCCUUGGCCAUGACCAUGUCGGCGGUGGCGGCGGUGGUGCUGCUGUGGCGCCAGCCACUGCUGUGGCGCGGGCCCGCCGCCGCGCUCUACUUGAACGUGUGGCUGCGCGGGCGCGAGGCCGCCGCCCACUCGGUGCGCGCGCUCGCCGCGGAGCGCGCUGCCGUCAGCAGGUUCAGGUUCGCGACGGAGGAGGAGCUGGCGGAGUUCGAGGACGUGUGCGCCGUGUGCCUGAGCCCGAUGAAGCGGGCGCGCGUCACGCCCUGCCAGCACCUCUUCCACGGCGACUGCCUGCGCCAGUGCCUGCAGCGCUCCGACCACUGCCCCAUCUGCAAGCGCGAGCUCAGCUUCUGCUGA